AUCUUUCACGAGCAUCUUGAAUAUACUUAAAAGGAUAUACUUUACUUCCCUUUGUGAUUGUUUCUUAACACUUAUUUCGAAUAGAAAAGGAUACAAUACUUUUUUCUUCUUCAUAUUAUUCAUUUGAUAAACUUUGUGGUGUGUUGUAUUGCAUUAUAUACUUGAUAUUUCGGAUGUCAAAUAAAGAAACGAUGGCUACAGCAAAACUACUAACUGAAAAUGAAGGAACAGAACUGAAGGAAAUGAACCAAAGUGUCAUACUUUCUAAGGCAGCAAGGGCAAGACAAGAUGAUGACAGCAAAAUAUACGAGUAUGUCUCUGAAAGUGCAACAAACCUUGAUAAUUUGACAAGAAUUAUUAACGCUGGAAAGUCAGAUGUAAACUAUAUAGAUGAUAAUAGAAGAACAGCUUUACAUGAAGCUGUACGGAAGGGUGAGGUUGAAACUGUCAAGCUUUUAAUGUCAGCUGGUGCUAGUUUAGAAUUCAAAGAUGUAGAUGGGAAUACUGCUUUACAUAAUGCUUGUUUGAAAACAUGUCCUGAAGAAAAUACGGCAAAAAUUUUCAAAUUAUUAUUUCCUCAAGGAAAGAACCUUGAGGCCAUUAAAAUAAGUAAAACCAGAAAAAGGUCCGACAUUCAAAAAUGCAGAUGUCAUACAAGAACGUUUGAACAGACUUGGCUCGACGCAGCAACAUCUACAAAUAAUUAUGGGGAUAACAUACUUGACCUUAUAUUACUAGAGGACAAUCUUAACGAAAGUAAAAGGGAAAUUGUUCAGUACCUGAUCAAGGAAACAGAGAUGUUCUACCUCUUAAAGCUUCUUAGAAACACACAACGUCCUCUACAAAACUCAACAUCUGAAGUUGGAAGUCCUUUUGAAAGCAAUGACAACAAUUUAAUUACUUCACCUUUUAGACGGCUUUUAGAGCUUUAUCCAGAAGUUAUCUCUGACUUAUUGGAUAGAUGCAUAGUAAAAACUACAGGAAAAGUUAAUUACCACUUUGAGCUCUUGGAUGAUACUUACCUUUUACAUACAUGGCCACCUCAGCAGGAGUACUACUGCAAAUGGUUAUAUCAAUCCAAAUGGGAACAUGUAGAUGCUAAAGAAAGGAAGAUUCGUGAUGCCUACACAAAACAUUUGUCGCAAAUAAGAAACAACCAUCCUGUUAUGUUAAUGCUGAAACAUAAAAGAGAUAAAACCUCUAAAGAUCCCGGUAAAAAGGAAGUUUACAGACAACUUGUCGAUCACCCUCUUGUUAAAGCUCUGAUUAAACAUAAGUGGCAACAUAUAGGCAAAAAGUUUCACAUCAUGAGCUUGAUUAUAUACCUGAUAUUUCUAGGUACACUGACAGCGUUCGUAAAUGAUAUCGCCAAGCUAUACGUGCGCUUCCAGGAUUCAGACACUAUAUCCGCAACUUCAAACAAAACAGGUUGUAUACUGUCUACUGUAUGCAGAACAACAUAUACAUGUAUAUGCAUUAACUCAACGGAGUGCAACAGCACGACCUCUUGUUAUAAUACGAGUUCAUAUAAUAAGACAACAUCACCAACCACUCAUAAGCUUGCCACAUGUGAAACAUACGGAAACUAUCCAAUGAUUACUGUUUUGCAAAAAGUGGUCAUAUUCCUGGCAAUAAUCUUGAUAUUGAAAGAGGUAUUUAAACAAUUAAGUUAAUCAUACUCGUAAGCU